AUGGCGUCUUCGUUCCCGCAGGCGCAGCUCGCCUACGAGCUACACGCGUCUCGACCGGACUUUCUUCCCGAGGACUGGAGCGACACCGAUCAGCAGAUCUUUGAGAGUCUUUUGCUUCCCUCACCUUCCUCUUCAUCCCUCGCUGACUCUCGUAAGCGCGUGUCUGUAGAGGAGAAGCGCAUGAAACAUCGAGAGGUGCAGCGCCGCUUCAUGCAGCGCAAGAAGGAGAUGCUGGCAGGCGUCAAGAAGUCCAUCAUAGCGCUCGAGAAACAGGUAGCGGUGCUCAAGCUCUCGAGCGAGCGCGAGGCGUUAGAGACUGAGAACAAGGCGCUGGAGCAUGAAGCGGAUGCCAAGGCCUCCCGGCCAUCAGUCUCCACGCUCGAUGCGCUCGAAAUGAUCUUUCAGCAAGAAGCCAAGGCCGUGGAGCAGCAGUUUACGCCCUUUACAGUACAGCAGUGGCAGGAAAUCGUGUGUCAGACGAUGCAUAGCGUGGAUGCAAUUCUGACCCAGGAGGCGAUGAAAGCCUCAGGAAUGAACGUCAUGGGCUGGUCUGACAGGCGUCUCGUGGAGAACACCAGCGUCAAAUUCACCCUGCACAAGGCCUUCCCGCAUAUUUGCGCCGAGAGAAUCUGGAACAUCACGUGGCAGAGAUUGACGACGGACAGCUACGCCAGUUUCUUCAGCCCUUCGCUAUUUAUUCGGAAACACUUGUUGCAGAAAGUAUGUGACGACGCGAUCAUCAUCUACCGAGUCAUCUGCUACCCUCAGACCGGACGAGUAUCCCGUGCUAUUGAGGUGAUAAGCCGCGUGAGGAGGGAACACGAUUUCGUUUACUUCGAUCGCACGCUGGACCUGCCUGAUGUGAAGGAGCGGGUGUAUGCUACAGAUAUAUGGACCCAGUCUCUGACGGUGCUACGCUUCAUGCCGAGCGAUCCAAAUCGACCGGAAGUCGGUUGCGUAGUACAGUACGGAGGCAACUACGUGAAUAUCCCCGAGGGUGGCGUCAAGUAUUGGCUCAUGGAGGUUCUCUUCCUUGUGCUCCGAUUUGAGUCAUCACUGAUCUCGCCCAUGUUUUCCCUUGGCAAUUAA